AUGAGAAGAAGGUCUUUGCUGCUCUGUUUCAUCCAUGGCUUCAAGGGAACCGAUGAUACGUUCGAUGGCUUCCCAGGAGACCUCAGAGCUCUCGUGAGUAACGCAUUUCCCAACCUCAGCGUGAAGACGGUCGUUUACCCGCAAUACGAAACUCGCGGAGACCUACCCAGCUGCGUCGCAAAUUUCCGGGAAUGGUUACAGAACCGCGUAUUCGACCUCGAGGUCGCCGCUGGCAAUCCCUCUCCAAUUUUCGAGCCCAGCGUCCGUACAAUCCUCGUAGCCCACUCCAUGGGCGGGAUUGUAGCAGCUGAUACCCUGCUUUCCAUCCUCGAUGAUGACAUUAUCACCCUACCCAACGGCCGCAAACAGCGCAAAGGAGUUGGUUUCAUGUUCCCCCGCAUCCAAGGCAUCCUCGCAUUCGACACCCCAUAUCUUGGCCUCUCCCCUGCCAUGUUUGCGUACGGAACCGACACCAAGCUUCGGUCCGCAUCAACUACAAUCUCGCAGAUCUCCACCCUCGCAUCCGGCCUCCUCGCAUCCCGCGCCGCCUCCGAAGGCGCAAACGUAGUGCAAAAAAACAAAGAGGCCGACGCCGCGGGGCGCCGACCCGGCCCCUCCUCCCAGAGCCGCUCCUCCCGCUCCUCAUCAGGCUCGCGCUCGCGCUCCCAUUCUCAGUCCUACAGAGAACCCCCAGCUCCCCCGCCCGCAGCAGCAGCAGCCGCCGCAGCCGGCCUCUGGGGCGGCUGGGGCAAGGUCGCCGCAUACGCCGGCGCCGCAUCCAUCCUCGCCGCCGGCGGCGCAAUCGCAUACUUCAACGCGCGCAAAGAGCCUCGCGGCGCGCAACGCUCGCCAUUCCGCUCUGGCUUUUAUCACUUUCGCGUACUACACCUCCCACGCGAGAGUUCUCUGCGUGGCCGUCGCCUCUCCACUAGACAAGCUAUCCACGUAGCGCAACCUUUCGGCCCUGCAGACGUACGAAGCCAACAACCCUUCACGCGUGCCUCUCACGCAACCUCACUUGCGCCUACACCUUACCAAGCGAGCCAGCAUGCGUGCCGGAACGUGGGCUUUCCUCGCACCACGCUGUCCAUCAUCACAGGCGAGCUGGCGAGCAGGGGAAGGAAAGGGGCGAUGCGCAACGUUCCAUCAUCCUACCUGCGCAAGGGCACGGAGCAGUGCGGCAUGUUUCGACUCGAGCUAGGCGCUGUGCAAACCCGCUGCACGAACAUGGCUAGUUGA